AUGAAUUUAAUAAAAUAAUGUUAAUAAUCAAAUAUUUCAUGCAUAUGUUAUUCAAUUUUAGUUGGAUAUGCAAUUAUAAUUACACUUAUAGCUAUUAAAGCAUUCAGUAGAUUGAUGAAGUCUUCAACUAGUAAUCAAGAAUUAAAUCCAAUGAUAUUAUGCAUAGUAUAAUCUCUCUUACAUAUAAUUCAAUAUGCUGUGACAGAAAAUAAUACCUUAUAAAUAAUUACCCUCUAUUUUUAAAUACUUAUUUUCACUUCAAUUUCUUUUUUAUUUGCGAAACUAUGCUAUUAAGUUAAAAGUGGAACUCUUAUUUUGAAAAACUUUAAAAUUUUUAAGAUUCUAUAAUUUGUUUUUUAUGGAAUAAUUUUAGUAUUUCAAAUAUUUGCUUUGGUUUUUUCUAGCUAAGACUCAUGUGAUCGGUAAUUGUUUAUUAAAAUCUAGAUAUUAUUAUUUUAGUAUAAUUUUAAUUAUUGUUUAGCAGAUUACAUCAACUAUAAUAACAACUUAUUUUGGAAUAAAUUUACUUUAAAAACUAAAAAGAGUCAGCUAAUUUAUAUAGUGUAAAACCAUGAAUCCGAAAGCGUAUAAAAUAAAUAAAAUUUAGUGUUUAUGAUUCAUAUGCUAAUAUGUCUUUGUGCAAUCCAAGAGCUACAAUUAUCGAACCAAGAGAAUUAAUUUAGACAAGAAAACAAAUUAUAAUUGUAAUAUAUUUAAUGAUAAUAACUAUACUAUUCUAUAUAUCAUUUAUUUUAAUAGCUAUAUUAAUAUUCAAAAAAGUGACUUGCCAACAUUAAAUAGAUAAUAAUAAUUAGAAUUACUUAAUAUUGGCUUAUGGAAUCAUUUAAAUGACUCCUUGUUUAGUCAUUCCUUACGCAUUUGGAUUUAUACCUUAAGUCUAGGUUUAAGGAGAUUAUAAUGAUUGCCUAAUAAUUUUAGAUUAGUCUUAAGCAAAAUCUAAAGACUCAAUUCAAAUUUGA